AUGGAUACGAGUGAGUAUGCACAAGGUCAAGAUGAAACUCAUAAGGAAAUAUUGUCAACACUUUGGAUUAUUUUCACUAAAAUCGGCAAAGGAAAAGAUGGAGUUGAAAGAGCUGCAUGCAAUUUUUGUAGUACUGAUUUUGCCAUUGGAAAAAACCCCAAGUCUGGUCAAAGUUAUGGAACUUCACAUCUAAGUCGUCAUGUUUUUAUUUGUAAAAGUUUCCAGUUGAGCCUUCUUAGUCUAGAGGAAUCGCCAAGCCUAACCCCAAUCAACCAAAACACACAUCGUGAAUUACUUGGAGAAGCCAUUAUUGCACAUGAUCUUCCUUUUAGCUUUGUCGAGUAUGAAAAAAUUCGAGUUUGGGUGAAAUAUUUGAAUCCAUGUGUUGAAAUGGCCUCUAGGAAUACCAUGGUGUCAUAUAUUGAAAAAAUAUAUGAUAAAGAAAGGAUCAAGCUUAAGGAAAUCAUGGGUAGGAUUCCAAAUAAAAUUUGUCUAACAUCGGAUGUUUGGACAACAUCUACUAGUGAGGGUUAUAUCUGUUUGACUGCUCAUUUUGUUGAUGAAAAUUGGAAGUUAGUUAGUGGUCUUCUUAACUUUCUUCGAAUGAAGCCCCCCCACACGGGUAUUGCACUGGAAGCUACUUUAUUUGAUUGCUUAAAGCAAUGGGGAAUAGAUAAGAAAAUAUUUACUAUUACGCUGGAUAACGCAUCUGCCAAUGAUAACAUGCAAGACCACUUGAAAACUCAUCUUCGAGUGCAAGAGGGUUUAAAAGUUGCUAGUGAAGCCCUCCAUAAAAUUAGAGAGAGUGUCAAGCAUAUUAAAGGAUUUGAUGGAAGGAUGCUUAAGUUCAGAGAUUGUGUCGAGGAUGCAGGGAUAAAUGUUAGCGGUGGUUUAAGAUUUGAUGUAUCUACUAGAUGGAAUAGCACUUAUUUGAUGCUUGAAAGUGCCUUGCAAUAUAGGAAAGCUUUUGAGUUUUAUAAGGUGGCGGAUAGAAGUUAUAAAUAUUGUCCAUCUGAUGAGGAAUGGGAAAAGGGGGAAAGGAUUUGUGAGUUUUUAGAACCUUUUUAUGAAAUUACCAAUUUGAUUUCUGGUCCAUCUUAUCCAACUGCAAAUCUGUAUUUCAUGCAAGUGUGGAAAGUCCAGUGCAUUUUAGAAAAACAUCAAAAAAGUAUUGAUAAGGUGAUAAAAGAUAUGUCUGAUAAUAUGAAAAUGAAAUUUGACAAAUACUGGAAAAACUAUAGUAUUGUGCUAGCAUUUGGAGCUAUUCUUGAUCCACGCUUGAAGGAUAAAUUUUUGAAGUUUUUCUAUACUACACUUAAUGCCUCAACCUCUGAAGGGAAACUUAAGAAUGUAAUGGAUAAAUUCAAAGGGCUUUAUGAAGAAUACGUGAGUUAUUCUACCAAUCAAAGUGUUUCUCUUUCUCAACCAUCUAAUGAGUUCAACAUAUUGGCUAAGCUAUCUAGAGAGGGGAAUAAAGCUAAAAAAUCAAAGAUUAUAACCAUAAUAUUAGAAAAAGAGAAGGAUUAUUGCAUGAAAUUGUUAGUAAGGAUUAUUGCAUGA